AUGCACCAGAAACGAGGCUACACUGUAUGGAAGUGUCAACUGGUCAGUGCGGACCGCGUUCUGAGCGGAUCGGCAGGUCUUGGCGGAGCUUCAGGAACCAUUUCUCCCCAACUCUCCGCAUCUCACUCCAACGACCUCCUACAACCUUUCAACAUGCCUCGUGCCGUGCGAGGUCUCCUCAUCGAGUGCGAUCCUUCGAUCAAAUCCAUGAUCCUCAAAUACGACGAAGAGCGACAUGACUACAUAGUGGAGGACUUGGACGAUGAAAAUCAUCUUGUCAUCAAGGAGAGCCAGCUCGAGAAUCUGAAGUAUCGCUUGGAUCGGGUAUUUCACCUCCUUCGCGCUGCCCUCGCUAUCACUAACCUGGUUGCCAGGACCUUGACGAGAAGAUCAUGCAGCUCGAUGAGUCCGAGUCUGAAUAAGUUGGAGAUUGAGCUUUCCGUACGUCGAGAUAUACCCUACAAGCACAGAGCGCACCGCCGGACCAACGAGUUACCAGAACCGACCUACAAGCCAACUUAUCAAACUACCCUGUUCCCACGUCACAACGGUCACGACCUCAUCUGCGACCUGUUACGAACCCUGGCCGUCUGGGUAUCGAUCGAUACCGUGCCGAUUUCUAUAUUUUGGCAUCCCGCCAAUGUCCAUGUUCUUUCUGUGUGUAUACAGGAUUUUGGCCACUCAUCGAGCACGACCUCGAUUGAAAACAUUUGA